ACUUAACCCAAGAUGGCUGAAUUUUGUAAAUUAUUGCGGGAAAAAUUAACGAAAUAUGGAAUAAAACUAAGAUGUGUUUGAUAUAGAAUUCAUCUGUCUCUCAGAAAUGAAGUGUGUGAUUCCUGGACUCAAUGUGAAGAUAUUUGGACGAACUGUUCACUCACUUAGCAAGAUAGGCGAUGAGUUAUACUUUGAACCUAUGCAACAGGGUCUGGCCAUUCGGACUGUCAACUCGACCAGAUCUGCAUAUGCAUACAUAUUGUUUGCCCCGUCAUUCUUCAGUAAUUAUGAUGAUGGGUCGUCAUUAUUGAAUUCGAAUGGUUCAGAUGCUGAGGAAGAAGACAUCAUGCGUUGUAAAGUGAAUAUGAAAUCUAUAUUGACAGUGUUCAAAUCCUUGUCAUCUAUCGAAAAAAGUGUCGAAAGAUGUAAAAUAUCUUUAAAUAAUAAGGACUCUAGACUCGUUUUUCAACUAUAUUGCAAGCAUGGUAUUGUCAAAACCCAUAACUUAGCUUUUAUUGAAUGUGAAACUCUACAGGCAGUUUUUUCAAAGGACUUGACCCCAAACAAACUGACAGCACAUCCAAAAUUAUUAUGUGACGCUGUUGUGAAUUUUCAAAACAAUCAAGAGGAAGUGACAUUAAUAGCAAAACCUGACAAAAUUUCACUCAAGAAUUAUGUUGAAGAUGAAGUAGAUCCUAAAAAGGUUGUGUUGACUGAAAUGCAUCUAAAUCCAAAGGAAUUUGAUACCUGUCAGUUAGGUGUUGAUGCUGAAAUAACAUUUUGUUUGAAGGAAUUGAGGGCAAUUCUAGGACUUGCAGAUGUCAUUAGCCUGCCACUGAAUAUACAUUUUGAGAGAGCUGGAAGGCCAGUGGUUAUUUCUAUUGACAGUGAUGUAACGUUUGAAGCAAAUUUUGUUUUGGCAACUCUUGCUGAUGUUGACACUUCAAGUAGUCAAUCAAGAUCAGCACACACUUCAAAAAAUCUUCAUGAUGAUGAAUUUGAGGAUGAUUUUGAAGAAAUGAUCUGCAAUGAUCCAACAGUUGACCAGAUGACAUCAAUGAAGAACACAAGUUCCAAUAUGAAAACAUCAAAAAGUUUGGCUCCUACUGUGGACCAUAAUAGUCCCACUCCAUCCCCAAGUGAUCAGUCAGGAAGUCCUGUUAUUCCAUUCCAAAAUCUUGAUGAAGAAGAUGACUUAAUUCCCGGAACACCACCAAGUAAAAAGUUCAAAUCCAUGGUGUUUGGAUUUAGCCAGAGUAGUACACAAUAUGAAUCAUCUCAACAAGCUGGAACUGUUUUAGCUGUGGACACUGAUGAAGAUGAUUAA